AUGGAAAACGUCCACUAUGGCUAUGCAAUAAGAAGUAUAAUGUAUGCGAUGCUUUGCAUGCGUCCGGACAUUUGCCAUGUCGUGAGCACGGUAAGCCGUUAUCAAAGUAAUCCUGGACAAGCUCAUUGGCAAACUGUCAAGAGGAUUAUGAGAUACCUGCAAGGAACAAAAGAUUUAGCCCUAUUUUACCAAGGAGGGAAUAUGAAGUUGAGAGGAUAUAGUGAUGCAAACUGGGCAAGCGAUAGAGAUGAACGCAAGCCCACCUCUAGUUAUGCUUUUGUCCUUGGAGGUGGAAUUGUUUCUUGGUGUAGCAAGAAGCAAACUUGUAUUGCUCUGUCCACAAUGGAGUCAGAAUAUGUUGCCCUUGGAUCAGCUGUUUGGCUUAGGAGAUUUCUACAAUAG